AUGCUGGAAAGACUUCACUUCUUCGUGUGCUCUCGCUCCAUUCCCACCGUUGGCUUCAACAUGAAGCGACUACAGCGUGGCCAUGUGACGCUCAGGUGCUGGGAUCUGGGCGGUCAGCCCCGCUUUCGGCCGAUGUGGGAGCGAUAUUGCCGGAAUGUGAACGCUAUUGUCUUCAUCGUCGAUAUUGCUGACAUGGAGAAGCUCCCUACAGCUCGUGAGGAGCUUCACCAACUCAUGAGUCAUCAAACCUUGGAGGGCAUCCCCUUGCUGGUGCUUGGUAACAAGUCGGAUUUGCCCAACAAGUUGACUGUCGAUGAGUUGAUUGAUGCCAUGGACCUUAAAAAGAUCUCUCACCGGGAUGUCUCGUGUUACGGCAUCUCAGCUAAGGAAGAGACAAAUCUGGAGGCUGUCAUUCAAUGGCUGAUGAAGUAUGCCAAUAGGUUGCCGGCUCUCGUUGGUUGAACGACUGCCAUCUUCUGCUGGCAAUGA